UGACAUAUGUAAAAAGAUUUGUUCCUAAGGACUGUGUAUAAAUUAAUUUUUGUAGAUGGGUCAUUUCCCCAUUUACUUAAAUUGCAGCUUGAGACCUCUUCGUUGUUUCCUCUCUAGUAAGUUUUUGUAGACAGCUUUCUUAUGUUUUCUUGUUUUUCUGCUUCUCCUUAAUUCUCACUCUCCCAAAAAAUUAAUGACUGGCUUAUUUUCUGCCUCUCCUUAAUUCUCACUCUCCCAAAAAAUUAAUGAGUGGCUUAUUAGUUUCUUUGCUCUAGUAACAACCCCCAAAUUUAAGUGACUUACAAUAAUACACAUCUAUUUCUCACUUACAUUACAUGCUAGCUGUGGUAGGCUGGGGUCUUGAGUCUGGGGCCCAGGCUGAAGGAGCAGCUCAGAUAAGGAGCCAGCUGUUCUCAUAAGCAAAACAAGAGAGGAAAACACAGAGCCCACCACACUAUCGCUCUCAAAGUCCUGCUGGGAUGUGUGUGUUUGUGUGUGUGUGUUGGGGCCGUACUCUGCUUACAUGAGAUCCCGCAUAUCCUUAGGCAACAGAUGGGGCUGGUGUAAUCCUCUUACAGGGAGCCAGCAAACAACCACACACCAUAGCCUAGCACACUGCCAUGUAGAGGGGAAGAACCUUAGGGAAGGAAUUCCCUUCCUCUGUACACCUGAAUACAAUUCUGCCUCCGCCCGUCACUGUAGUCCAAAGGUAAAAAAUAAAUAGUAAAUGAAGGGGCAUCCGUCAGACAGCAUUCAUUCACUGAACUGAUACUUAUUGAGUGCUUACUAUAUGCCAGACAUUGUUCUAGGUGUCAGGAAUAUAAGAGUGAACAAAGCAGAUGAAAAUCCGUGUUUUCAUGAAAUUUAUAUUCUAGUGGGAAGAGAUAGACAAUAAACAAAUCUACAGUAUGUCAGGUGUGUCUUAAGUAGUGACAGGGCUGUAUGUGCUGACAGUUUUAUGACGGGUCAUUCCCCAGCCCAGCCCCCAGCACUGGGCUGUUUUAAGAGUGAUAAGUAGUUCAUGGAGCAGAAGCGUUAACCUCGGUAUCUUCAAGCAUCAUCAGUUGGGUUAAAGUCAGUCAAUAAAUAAAUACAGCCACUGUGUCUCGAGCAUGUGCACUGUGCAGGGCACUGUGUUUCUUCCUGAUUAAAACCACUACAUUCAAAGUACUUCUGUGUGUAUGGCCCUUCUUUGGCUUCUGGGUAUUUAAAAGAGCUCUUGGGACUCUUCUGAGGUCUUCCUGGGAGCAGAACAGUACACAUGGUCUGGAAUUGGGUUGCAUGGAAUAACUUUCAAGGAGAGCCACUGAAUAAAGUGCCCUGCAUUCCUGUCCAUUGGCUGCUGAUAACGCUAGAACGGCAGGCUGUUUAUUGUAAUGGAAUAUUGUGAUGGAGGGGAUCUCAUGAAAAGGAUCAAUAGACAACGGGGUGUGUUAUUUAGUGAAGAUCAGAUCCUCGGAUGGUUUGUACAGAUUUCUCUAGGACUAAAACAUAUUCAUGACAGGAAGAUAUUACACAGGGACAUAAAAGCUCAGAACAUUUUUCUUAGCAAGAAUGGAAUGGUUGCAAAGCUUGGGGACUUUGGUAUAGCAAGAGUCCUGAAUAAUUCCAUGGAACUUGCUCGAACUUGUAUUGGAACACCUUACUACCUGUCCCCAGAGAUCUGUCAGAAUAAACCCUACAACAAUAAAACGGAUAUUUGGUCUCUUGGCUGUGUCUUAUAUGAGCUCUGCACACUCAAACAUCCUUUUGAGGGUAACAACUUACAGCAGCUGGUUCUGAAGAUUUGUCAAGCACAUUUUGCCCCAAUAUCUCCAAGGUUUUCGCGUGAGCUACAUUCCUUGAUAUCUCAGCUCUUUCAAGUAUCUCCUCGAGACCGACCAUCCAUAAAUUCCAUUUUGAAAAGGCCCUUUUUAGAGAAUCUUAUUCCCAAAUAUUUGACUCCUGAGGUCAUUCAGGAAGAAUUUAAUCACAUGCUUAUAUGCAGAGCAGGAGCGCCAGCUUCUCGACAGGCUGGGAAGGUGGUCCAGAAGUGUAAAAUACAAAAAGUGAAAUUCCAGGGAAAGUGCCCACCAAGAUCAAGGAUAUCUGUGCCAAUUAAAAGGAAUGCUAUAUUGCAUAGAAAUGAAUGGCGACCACCAGCUGGAGCACAGAAGGCCAGAUCCAUAAAAAUGAUAGAAAGGCCCAAACUUGCUGCUGUGUGUGGACAUUAUGAUUAUUAUUAUGCUCAACUUGAUAUGCUGAGGAGGAGAGCCCAGGAACCAAGUUAUCACCCUAUUCCUCAAGAAAAUACUGGAGUUGAGGAUUACAGUCAGGAAGAGAGGCAUGGUCCAUCCCCAAGUCAAUGGCCUGCUGAGUACCUUCAGAGAAAAUUUGAAGCUCAACAAUAUAAGCUGAAAGUAGAGAAGCAAUUGGGUCUUCGUCCAUCUUCUGCCGAGCCAAAUUACAACCAGAGACAAGAGCUAAGAAGUAAUGGAGAAGAGCCUAGAUUCCAGGAGUGGCCAUUUAGGAAAAACGAAAUGAAGGAACAGGAAUAUUGGAAGCAGUUAGAGGAAAUACGCCAACAGUACCACAAUGACAUGAAAGAAAUUAGAAAGAAGAUGGGGAGAGAACCAGAGGAGAACUCAAAAAUAAGUCAUAAAACCUAUUUGGUGAAGAAGAGCAACCUGCCUGUCCAUCAAGAUGCAUCUGAGGGAGAAGCACCUGUGCAGGACAUUGAAAGAGACUUGAAACAAAGGAGGCUUCAGAACACAAAGGAAAGUAACAAUCCAGAACAGAAAUAUAAACCUAAGAAGGGGGUAAAGUUUGAAAUUAAUUUAGACAAAUGUAUUUCUGAUGAAAACAUCCUCCAAGAGGAAGAGGCAAUGGAUAUACUAAAUGAAACUUUGACCUUUGAUGAUGGCCUGAAGUUUAAGGAAUAUAAAUGUGUAAAGGAGCAUGGAGAUUAUACAGACAAAGCAUUUGAGAAACUUCACUGCCCAGAAGCAGGGUUUUCCACGCAGACUGUAGCUGCUGUGGGAAACAGGAGGCAGUGGGAUGGAGGAGCGCCUCAGGCUCUGCUGCAGAUGAUGGCAGUGGCUGACAUCACCUCCACCUGCCCCACGGGGCCUGACGAUGGUCAAGUUAUUGUGAUUGAAGGCAUUCCAGAAAACCGGAAACAGUGGCGACAUGAAGCUCCAGGAACUUUAAUGAGUGUUUUGGCAGCAGCACAUCUAACGAGUAGCUCAUUUUCUGCCGAUGAAGGAGAAUUUGCAAUGGGAACAUUAAAACAAUGGCUACCCAAAGAAGAAGAUGAAGGGAAGGUAGAAAUGGUCUCUGGCAUUGAAGUAGAUGAGGAACAACUAGAAGCAAGAUCUGAUGAUGACGAUACAAAUUUUGAAGAAUCUGAAGAUGAGUUGAGAGAUGAAGUAGUAGAAUCCUUAAAAAAACUUGCUACUUUCAAAGAGGAAGAUAAAACAGGAGAGGCCUCCAGUGCCUCUAAGGACUCUGGAAAGUCAAGUGAAAGAGAGGGGAUACGUAUGCAGAAAUCUGAAGAAUUAAGUGAAGGCUUGGAGAAUAUUUCUACUACAUCUAAUGAACACAUUUGUAUUACAGAUGAAGACCAAGGAACAUCAACAACUAGUCCGAAAUAAUAACACA